AUGGUGCAGCGCCCGGAGGAGCUCUGUGCGGCCUUCUGUGGCGUGAGUGCUGACGACCCCCCGUGCGACGGCCAUGGCGUGUGCUAUCUGGCCGGCCCCAGCAGAGUGCCCACGUGUGACUGCGAGCCUGGGUUUGUCAACGGGGAGUUUCCUGGAAGCUGCGUCGCCGAAGGCAGCGCCUCAAAAGCCAUCUCUUGUCAUGCCGUCCUGUUGAGAUGCCUCCUCAAGGACUUCUCUCCCCCUCAUAGCCGUUCUAUUUCCCCUUGCUGCCUAACCGCACCCCCUCCCUCGCUGGCAGGCGAGGACCCAGUAAUCGUGCAGCCGACAGCAGCACAGACAGCAGUGAAGGGGGGGGCUUCAGUGGCAAACGACGGCCGCGUCACGCUGACAGCCUCACAGCCCAACACGUGGGGUGCAGCGUUCCUCCAACUGCCCAUCCCACUCUUCUCCUUCGCCCUCAAGGCCGGUGCCUGCGGCCGCCCCUUGGCCUUCACCGUCUAUUUCUCCUUCUUCAUUCUCAAACCAGCCACCGCCAGCAGGGCAGCAGCCACAGCUGCAGGAGAUGCAGGGGACGGGUUUGCGUUUGUGAUUGCCGCCAGUGAUGCUGCUACAGGCGGUAGCAGCGGCAGCAGCGACGGCAGUGGUGGGGGCGGCAGCUUAGGGUAUGCAGGCAUGGAUGAGCGCAGCAUAGCCGUGGAGUUUGACACUUCUAAGAGCACCGACGCCAACGACCCAGACAGCAACCACGUGGGGCUCAGUGUCAGGGGCAACACCUCUUCCAUCGCAACUGCCAAAGCGCCCUUCACUCUCAACGAUGGCAAGCCGAAGCAGGCCUGGAUCGUCUUUGAACCCUCUCCUUCCUCCGCUGGCGGUGCUGCUAGUGGCAGCGCUAGCUAUGGCAGCAGCAACAGCAGCGGCGGUGGCACGGGGUGGCUGCGGGUGUUUCUGUCGGCCAAGGGGUCCCCCCGGCCGGGCAAGGCAGUGGUGGCGAUGCAGGUGUCGCUGUGCGAGUUCCUGCAGCCCAGUGCAGCCGAGGCGUCGUUCAAAAUGGGCUUCACUGCUUCCUCCUCUGACUCCCCACAGCAACACUCCAUCCUCGAGUGGAACAUCACCACAGGCCUUCCCGAAUCAACCACCGUUACAGGCCAGCAGUAUGGGUUCCAGUUCAGCGAGGCAUCGCUGGCGCCAGUGGGGGCGAACCUGUUCUUCCGCUACGCCAGUGCGGGCGUGCAGGCAGUGCAGCCAGCAGGCGGCAAGGAGGAGGAGGUGUGGGUUGUCAGCCAGGCCUUCUCCUGGGCCGACCAGGGCGUGGCCUGGCCCGUCCAGAACCAGGGCGCCUGCGGCGACUGCUGGGCGUACGCGGUGGUGGGCAGCAUAGAAAUGGCCUACGGCAUUCUCUCCAACCUCACAGUCGUGCCGCACCUCUCGGUCUCCCAGCUGCGUGACUCACUCGGCUCCUCAUGCUCACAAGGCAACUCGCCCUCCCAGGCCUUCCAGUACCUCGUCACUCUCAACGCCAAGAGCAAAGUGGGGCUCACAGAGGACGGGGGGACCGGGGUGGUGGUGAGCGGGGGCGGGGCCAAGAAGAGCAGCAGCCAGAGCCCGCUCUGCAGCAUGCCUGUCUUUUCUCUGCUUGCGCAAGCUCUUGGAAUCUCCUGCGACAAAGGCCGGACCCCUGGAACGAGCAAGCCAUCAGGGGGGGCGUUUACAGUGAACGGGUUUGAGCGCACGGCGUUCCACGGAUGGUUUGGGCUGCUGCUGGCCGUGCAGCGACAGCCCGUGGUGGUGCAUGUGCAGGCCACCGCCCCCUCCUUUCUCAAUUAUGAUGGGCUAUCCAAGUACGCGGACCCCUCGUGCUUCACGUACAACCUGAACCACGUGGUGCUGCUGGUGGGCUAUCGCCUCACCGGCUCAGACCCGACCUUCCCGCACAUGGCGCCGCCCUUCUGGAUCAUCCGCAACUCAUGGGGCCCAGAGUGGGGCGACGGCGGGCACAUGCGGAUGGACAUCCAGGGGGGCGACGGCGUGUGUGGGAUCAACACGCUGCCUGGGAUCUACCCGGUGGUGCGCGCUGCCAGGGACCCCUGCAACGCCAACGGCACCAGCAGUGGGGUGUUUGGGCCGCUGUUCAACCCCUGUGGCAACUUCACGUGCACGCCCACGCCUGAUGGGGCCAGCAACCACUGCGACUGCAACGACCCACGAUUCGUCGAGGCGCUUCAACCCGACAACUCGCGCACCUGUGCUUACAAGGAUGCAUGCAGGGCAGCGGUGCACAAUCCAUGUGCGGUGGGCACGUGUGUGAAUGAUGGCAAGGGGUCAUACUCGUGCAUUUGCCCUCCGGGCUUCAGGCAGGGCACCACCGUUGAUGGCACCUUCUCCUGUGGUCCAGGCUAUGCUACCAUGGAGCAUACUGGUAACACAUACACGGUGGUGUCAUUGGGUGUCACGUGUGCCGACAUCCACCCCGUCUACGGCCUCACUCUCGCUCAGUUCCAAGCCCAGAACCCCGGUCUGAGCUGCAGUGCUCCUCUCGCUGUCGGCACGGUGGUAAAAGUGGUUCAACCUGAUGACCUUGCGCCCUGCUCCGUAUACUACACCACGUCUGAGGGCGACACGUGCGAGUCUCUAGCGAAGUACUUCUCUCUCAUCGGCGACUGCUAUGAGCCCUGCGCAGAGGCCUUCCAGGCCCUCAACCCCGGGCUGGACUGCUUUGGUGACAGCAACAGGGUGCUACCGCCCAGCCAGGCGGUGUGUGUGGAGCGGCGGGCGGAGAGCGCAGCGGCGCUGCUCAUCCCGGUGUGCUCGCAGUUCUAUCUGGUGCAGGCCGGGGAGACGUGCGACCAGAUCCGCUCCGUGCCCUCCCCGCCGCUCUCCCCAAUUGACUUCUUCCGCCUCAACCCCGGCAUCAAGUGCAGCCGCCUCGUGCCCAAGACUGACGUCGGCAGCCUCACAGGCUUCGAG